AUGAUUGGUGAACUAACAUGCUUCCUGGGAUUACAAGUAAAACAGAUGGAAACCAGACUGUUUCUCUCUCAAACCAAGUAUGCACUGAACUUAGUAAAACGAUUCGGUCUAGAAGGAGAAAAGGAGGCCAAAACACCACUCUCCACUAUAGUAAAGCUUUCAAAAGAUACUGUGUCAAAACAAGUUGAUGGCAAACUGUACCGAAGUAUGAUUGGAAGCCUUUUGUAUCUAACAUCAAGCAGACGAGACAUAAGGUUCAGCGUAGGACUGUGUGCACGAUUUCAAGCUGACCCUAAAGAGACGCACAUAAAUGCUGUGAAAAGGAUCAUCAAAUAUGUUAAAGGCACAACAAAUCAUGUGUUGUGGUAUUCACGUGACACAGGAUCUGAACUACUAGGAUACAGUGAUGUUGAUUGGGCAGGAAAUGUCAAAGACAGAAAAAAAUACUUCUGGGGGUUGUUUCUUCAUAAGCAAAAACUUGGUUUAAUGGUUUAG